AUGUCAAUAAGCCAGGACGUGGACCAGUUUAACAAACAUAAACAACAACUAGGUAAACAGGGCUCGGAACCGGUCAACUUUCCACCGCGCUAUCAUCCGCCACCACCUGCCGCUGCGGGAUCUAAGCAAGUCAAUAUCGACUCAUCCACUAAAGACUUAAAACCUCCUUAUUUCACCAAGGCAAUUGACCCCAACAAGUUGCAGUAUCCCUUUGGCUACCCCGGACCAACUCCUGGGCCCUAUCCAGGUGUUCCUUAUCCACAAUUAAAAUAUCCUUCAGGUUAUCCCUUAGGCUAUCCAAUACCCCCUGCAGCAUUACGUAUGCAGAGACCUUCUGGAGAAAUUGUUACUAAAGCCAUUGUGCACGAACCUGUAGAAUCUACAGCCAGAGCUAGAAGCGCAGACGACACCCAUCGCUUACAACGAAACUUAGAGGAGGAACAAAUUCAUAGAAGAUCGGCUGACAUGCUGAAAUUUACAAAACGAGUUGAACCUGAGGGGCCAAGACAAUCUACAGACCAAAGAAGACAAAUACAAUCGCUUUUAGAUGAAAUAAAAACAUUAAAGGAAGCCAAUCGCAGAUUGAGCGAAGAUAAUCAAGAAUUGCGAGACUUAUGUUGUUUUUUAGAUGACGAUCGUCAAAAAGGACGUAAAUUAGCAAGGGAGUGGCAACGCUUUGGCAGAUAUACAGCGUCAGUAAUGAGACAGGAAGUAUCAGCAUAUCAAAGCAAGCUCCGCGAGUUAGAUGAUAAACAACAAGAAUUAAUCCACGAUAAUUUAGAACUAAAGGAAUUGUGUCUUUAUCUGGAUGAAGAAAGAGAAAGAGGAGCGUGCGUUAAUUGUGGAAGAACUACUGGAAGGGAAAGAGAUGAUGGCGAUGGAAGUAGCAGUGGUACAAAUGCGGAAGAAAUCACACGACCCCCUGCUCCUAUAACUACUAUAAGUCACCCACAACUAGCUGAAAGAACUGUGCAAUAUGUUCGUGACUUAGAACAAAAAGUUCGGAGACUAGAGGCUGAAAAGGGUGUGGGUACAGGCCUUGGUGAGAGGCCAGAAGCUGUCGUCCGAGCAUUACAAGUAUUAGAAGUGAGGGAACGGGUUGAAAGGGAAAAAAGAAGACCAGCUCCAGAUCUCGGUACAGGAGAACAAGCCUUAGUGAGGGAAAUGUGUAAUGUAGUUUGGGGUAAACUUGAAGAAACACCUCCACAGGCCCCUCCACGUUGA